GCCGAACAUGAUUUGUUUCUUUUUUUAGUCAGGCUACAGAUAUGGACUACUACUCAGAGCUAAACGGGGUGGAGAUUUAGGACCGCCUGAAUGGUUACACAUUAUUCCCAACUUACAAAACCGGCUUGUGGACAGAGUGUACCGGCUUGUGUUUUCACAAAUAUCCCCGGGUAAAGAAGUUAUUUGGUAAUAACUGAGAGGAACAAAAGAUGGACAGGACAGUCAGUUUACCGAACCAACCGGACAAAACAACUACGGUCAAACUGGUGGAGAGCAGCGGGGCCCCCAGCGGCCUGGAGCUGGUCAGCUCCUACCAGACCAACCGGGUGGGAGACCCCAUGGACCUGGUGGCCCUGGCACAACAAGUACAAAAGGGGGAUGAUUUUGUCAAAGCCAACGCUUGUAACAAGCUGACAGUGAUCGCAGACCAGAUCAGAUACCUACAGGAACAGGCCCGGAAGACUUUGGAAGACGCUAAAAGAGACGCAGACCUUCACCAUGCGGCCUGCAACAUUGUGAAAAAGCCAGGAACCAUGUACUACCUCUACGAACGGCCAUCUGGACAGAAGUACUUCUCCAUCAUCUCCCCUAAGGAGUGGGGACCGAGCUGCCCUCAUCCGUUUGUCGGUGCCUUCAAACUUCAACACGACAUGUCCUGGACUCCCAUCGAACAGGUUGAGAAGAGAGACGCGGAGAUCGCCAUCAUGGACAAACUCCUGAGUCAGCAGACAGCUCUACCCCCCCACAUAGGACCAAACUUCAAAGGCAUCACUGACUAAACGGACAGCUCAGAGCGGAAUGGGCUCUGCCAAAAAAAAGGGGGGUUUGGUUGAAGGACACAUUGGUCUUAAUGGACUUUCUAAUCCACACGUGGAUUUAAUGAGCGUGGGAGCUUUAAUGACUCCUUCGCUGCCUUAAAUAUGUGUGUGACUACGGUUUAAAUGUUGCACUUGAAUAAAUGGUGGUUGAUGCUUUUUACAACUAUAUGAAACUGGAACUCUCGGAGAGACUGCUAAAGUUCUUUAAUCCUUAUUUAAGAUGUAGCUGUAUAUUUGACUAACAUUGAAAAGUAAACAUUUCUGAAGUCAGUGCUUUGUCAAAAGUUUCUGUGAGAAGUGAAAGUCAUUCAGAUUCUGUAUGUCUGUGUACGUUUCCACUGGCAACUGUUACAAUUCUAAAAUGCAGAACUUAAGAUGUUUAUCACGUCAUAAAAACUGACCACAAACGGGAAUA